AUGACAUUCGACUUGAGCUGUGUUCCUGAAGAAUUAAAAGAGACCGUUGCCAUUGAAGAUUGCAUUUUUGGUCUCACACAAGAAAAGCUUCAAGAAGCAAUUAAAUAUCUUUCCGGAAAGGGCGAAGAAGAUCACGAAUUUAUCUACAACUGCAUCAACAAGGCUGCUGAGACACAUGCUGUUUCAUUCAAGCUCUAUGGCGACUUGUGGGCUGGAUUAGGCUGGAAAUUAGCCGCAUAUACAAAUACAAGAUUUUCAGACUAUCUCCAUCGCCGCGGUUUACAUGACCAAACAAUUUUCUCUUGGGAGGCAACAGCCAAAGAAUACGAAGAGAUCUAUCCAAAAGAUUCUCCACAGGCUGCCGUCUUAAACGAAGAUGUUGACACACUCAAGAAGCUUUCUGGCAAGCAGGGAGCUUUAGAUGGCACUGUUGAAAUCAACAGCGUUGAUUAUAACCUUUUAGACCUUGCUGCUUUCUCUGCAAAGCCAAAGACAUUCUAUUACUUACUCUGCCGUCCAAUGGAAGUCACCCGUAACACUGUUGAAGCAGCAAUUAUCGGUGGAAACCCAGAAAUCAUCGAUUGGGUCAGAAAGAAAGGAUUAUCAUUCGAAUUAGCACAAGAAAUUGCUAUUGAGAAUCAUCGUAAUGAGUUCUUAUCAACACUUCUUCAACAUUACGAUCUAGAAAACUCUCAUUCGAUCAAAAAAGCAAUUCUUUCUUUCAAUACACAAUUCUUCUGCUUCUUACUUGCAAAAGGUUACAACCUGAAGCCAUUUGACCGCUUUUAUACAACGCCUCUCAUGGUUGCAGCUUCAAUGAGACAUAAUCAUUUGGUCAAGUACUUACUUAAGCACAAUGACAUCAACGCACAAACAACUACAGGAAUUACAGCUCUUAUGGAGGCCGCUGGAGCUGGAAGCUACGAAUUGGUGAAAUUCUUACUUGCCAACGGCGCAAACAAGGAAUUAAAGGACUUUGAAGGUGAAGUAGCAGCCGAUAGAACAAAGAUACCAGCUAUUAAGUCUUUAUUAUAA